AUGGUUGAUUCAAACAAUCCGGAGGAAUUUCAUAAUUUGAAACACACCAGAUUUGCCACGAUAUCAAGCAAUGGUUCCUACGUGGUUAAAUCUAUCUGUACAGAUAUAACAGUCCCACCUCAUGAUUCUCGUUCAGAACUGGCUAUUUUAAAGAAGUUAAACCAAGGCGAUGAGGGGCACAUUGUGAAACUGCUGGGUUACGAAUGCGAUGAAGAGUAUUUGAAAUUACUUUUACCUCUCUACGAUAUGGAUCUUGGUGAAUACAUGCGUUCUUGUUACAGGCCGCCCAAGAAGAAUUCAAAGAAAUUUAACCCAUAUCUAUCAUUUACAGGAGCCCAAACUGUGGAUGAUCAACCACAAGUUUGCGAGAAUCAAUUAGAUGUUGAUCGUUACGCUUAUGACUUUUUUCUACAACUAUCCAGUGCGUUACAAUUUAUCCACUCUCAUGGUAUAAUUCAUAGAGAUUUAAAACCACAAAACGUGCUGCUUAACAGAGUAGAAAACCCUCAGCUGGUACUGACGGAUUUCGGGAUUUCCUAUGAUACUGAAGACCCUAUCCAACUGCAAAGGGAAGAUCCAAAUGCAAAAAUUACAGACGUAUCGACUUCCAUAUAUAAGGCACCGGAACUACUAUUCGGUGUGAAGAACUAUAAAUUUGCUGUAGACGUUUGGGCCUUGCUAAUAAUUAUUUCACAAUGGUUUCAAACCGAGGCUAAUUUGUCGUCAACGACUUUACCUGCUAUGGUUGAUGACGGUAGCGGUCAAUUGGAAGAUGGUGAAGCCGGUAGUGAUAUUAGACUCAUCUUUUCAAUAUUCAGCAACCUAGGUAUUCCUGCAAUAGCUCAAUGGACCGAGGUUGAAAAAUAUGGAUCUUCAGAGGCAUUCCAGGGAAUGUUCGGUUCUGAUGGUGAUGGUAACUAUCUAUUGAAUAAGACCCGAGAUGAUCAAUUGCAAACGAUUCAUAAGUUAAUGCCACGAUUAAAAGAGAUUCAAGAUGAAGCAACUAAAAGGCUCAUCGAGAAUUGUAUUUUAGGCAUUAUAUCAUUUGAAUCCUGUCAAAGAUGGAGUAGCAAACGAAUCGUCCAUGAAUUGACAAAGUUAAAUUUAUAA